AUGUACCGUAUGCUCUGGAAAACCCGUGUCCCUCAUUUGGUCUCACAGGAUGUGGAGCACAGGGCAAUUUCCAAAUCGGGCUGGCGGCUGAUAAGAAAGUGUAGCCGGUGCGAGUUUGCGCGCGAAGCGAGCAGCCACCAAAGGCGUUCGCAGAAGAAGUGCAACAAGGAGCGUACAGAUGGCAAUGGUUCUACCAGUUGUGUGCCUGGUUCUGAGGCUAAAAGGGGGCCGAAUUGCUGGUUAAGCCCAGACUGCCAUGCCAUGUUCCCCAUCUUGGUCCGGCUCCAGAGAAAGCUUGGGCCCAGGGGGGCGGAUGAUGAACGAGACGAUCGUUCGGAACGAGACGAUUCAGGCCGCAACGGCCGCUUUUGUUCGGCGUACCUCCUAGUACGAAGUGAGGGCAACGCGUCGACCAACGAUCUCGCCAUAUCGGAUUCGUAUGUAUGUACCGGUACGAUUCAGGAGCGGGACCAACAGAACGACAGACAACAAACGACACCUGUCCAUCAAACCGUGGCGUUUGCGUUGUUAUUGCACGCCAUGCACGCCGCGCCACCAACGCGGACCAAAGCAAAACACUCAAGGGCUGACGCACCAAAUAAGUAG